AAACCAAAGCGUCGUAUGCACGCUGAUGACGCUGACAACUUUCUGAGCUUUGCGACUGCUCUCAAGCUCAUUCUCGCACGUACUGUAUAUCAGCCAGAAUUAGAUCGUGCACGGGUACUUCUGGAGGAGUAUCUGCAAGGUUAUCAGCGCGUACACCCCGACAAAGUCAAGCCCAACUUUCACUAUGUCACCCACAUAUUUGACCAGAUCGAUGAUUACGGACCUGUAUACGGAUUCUGGUCCUUUCUUUCAGAGCGGUUAAACAAGGUGUUAAAGAGCUAUUCCACGAAUAAUCAUGAUGGAGGUGAGCUUGAGGUGACGUUCUUUCGUGGCUUUUCACGAGAUGUGCAAUUGCGUCGUUUAGUGAGUUUAUAUCAACAUUGUUCAUUGAAUUAG